CCCGGCCGAGGCGCCGCCGCCGCUUCCCGCCGCCCCCAUGCUCCGCACCGAGAAAGUGCUGCAGCUGCGGGGCCAGCAGGGCCGCUCGGUGCGGGUGGUGCGGGAGCAUUACCUGCGCCCCGACGUGCCGUGCCGCAGCGCCCUGUGCCGGGCCGCCUGUCCUCGCGAUGGCAAGUUGUUGUCGGAUGAUGUUACACAUUACGUUGUCCCCGACUGCAAAGUUGUUCAAGAUUACCUUGAGAUUCUCGAGCUUCCAGAGCUGAAAGGUAUUAUUUUCAUGCAAACGGCAUGUCAAGCUGUGCAACAUCAAAAAGGACGCAGGCAGUACAACAAGUUACGAAACCUAGUAAAGGAUGCCCGUCAUGACUGUAUUGUGUUUGUUAAUGAAUUCCACCAGCAUUCUUAUUUGCCAAGAGAGAAGGGAGAAUCCAUGGAGAAAUGGCAGACCAGGAGUAUUUACAACGCAGCUGUCUGGUAUUUUAAUCACUGCUUGGGUCAGAUGCCAGUUGUUAUGGUAACAGAAGAUGAAGAUGCUAUCAAGCAGUAUGGAAAUGAAACAGAAGGAGUGUUUGUGAUUUCCUUCAAGAAUUACUUGGAUAACUUUUGGCCUGACUUAAAACCAGCCCAUGAACUCUUUGAUUCUAUACUUCAAGCUCGGCGUGAACGGGAGAGUGAAAGCCAAGAAAACCAUGGAAAAGAAUAUCCUGAGCACUUACCUGUGGAAAUAUUGGAGGCUGGGAUCAAAUCUGGCAGAUAUAUACAGGGUACGCUGAAUGUCAAUAAGCAUAGAGCACAACUGGAAGCUUUUGUUCGACUUGAGGGAUUUGGCAGCAAAGAAACAGAACUUCGAAGCGACAUCCUUAUUUAUGGGGCCAAAGCUCGCAAUCGUGCCAUCCAUGGUGAUGUGGUGGCUGUUGAGUUACUGCCUCUGCAGGAGUGGAAGGGAAGGACCGUUGCCCUUUGUGAAAAUGAGAGCGAGGACAAAGCACCCGCAGACACCACUGGUGACCCCAUGCCCACAGGUAAAGUUGUUGGAAUAAUUCAAAAGAACUGGAGAGAUUAUGUGGUCACUUUCCCCUCUAAAGAAGAGAACCAGUCCCAGGGCAGGAACACGCAGAAAAUCCUUGUGACACCUUGGGACUAUCGAAUUCCCAAAAUCCGGAUCAGCACCCAGCAAGCUGAAGCAUUGCAGGACUACAGGGUUGUGGUGCGUAUUGAUUCUUGGGAGUCGACUUCUGUGUAUCCGAAUGGACACUUUGUGAGAGUUUUAGGAAGAAUUGGGGAUCUGGAGGGGGAAAUUGCAGCUAUUCUGGUGGAGAACAGCAUUUGUGUCGCCCCUUUCUCAGAAAUCCAGAUGAGUGAAAUGCCUGUGAGUUCUUCAAAGAAUCCAUGGAAAGUGAAUCCAGAGGAGGAAAAAAGGCGCCUUGACUUGAGAGACACACACUUGAUAUUCAGCAUUGACCCUAAGGGCUGCGAGGACGUGGACGACGCGCUCUCCGUGAGGGCUCUGCCUAAUGGCAACCUCGAGCUGGGUGUCCACAUCGCAGACGUGACCCACUUUGUGGCAGCAAAUUCUUACACUGAUGUUGAAGCCAGAGCAAGGGCAACAACUUAUUAUUUAGCGGAUCGUCGUUACGACAUGCUGCCCUCCGUCCUGAGUGCUGACGUGUGCUCCCUGCUCAGCGGAGUCGACAGGUAUGCUGUGAGCGUCUUGUGGGAGCUAGAAAAGGAGUCGUAUGAAAUGCUGAGGGUCUGCUACAAGAAAUCCAUCAUUCGCUCUGCCUACAAGCUGGUUUACGAAGCAGCACAGGCACUAAUAGACGGAGACACAAGCGUCGUCGGUGAUAUCCCAGAACUGGAAAACUUGGAUGAAAGAACUCGACAGAAGAAACUGGACGAACUGGUUUGGGCAAUAUCCAAACUCACGGAUAUAGCCCGAGCCGUCCGAGCUCGGCGGGACAGCCGUGGUGCUCUGGAACUAGAAGGGGUAGAAAUCAGAGUGCAGUUGGAUGAUAAAAACAAUAUCCACGAUCUCAUCCCCAAGCAGCCGCUGGAGGUGCACGAGACGGUGGCAGAAUGUAUGAUUCUUGCCAACCACUGGGUGGCAAAAAAGAUCUCAGAGGAUUUUCCUCACCAGGCUUUGCUGCGUCAGCACCCUCCGCCACGACAGGAGUUUUUUACUGAGCUUCGAGAGUGUGCCAGCGCCAAAGGCUUCUCCAUAGACACACGGUCUAACAAAGCAUUGGCCGAGUCUCUGGAUAAAGCAAACGACCCCUUGGAUCCAAUAGUAAAUAAGCUGUUGCGAUCUAUGGCCACUCACGCCAUGUCUAACGCCCUGUACUUCUCCACUGGCUCUUGUCCUGAAAAUGAGUUUCAUCAUUAUGGCCUUGCCUUGGAGAAGUACACGCAUUUCACUUCUCCCAUUAGAAGAUACGCUGAUAUCGUUGUCCACAGGCUCUUGAUGGCAGCGACUCUGAAGGAAACUAAAGGAGAUGUUAAGGAUUAUAUCUUCAGUCAUAAGGAUCUCCAGGAAUUGUGCAGACACAUUAAUAACAGAAACCGGGCAGCCCAGCGUGCUCAGAAACAGUCCACUGAACUCUUCCAGUGCAUGUACUUCAAAGACAAAACCCCAGAAGCGGAUGAGCGCUGCAUCGCAGACGGUGUGAUCUACUCGGUGCGAACAAACGGGGUGCUGGUUUUUGUACCAAGAUAUGGCAUCAAAGGUGCUGCAUAUAUGAAAAACAAGGAAGGCUUAGUCAUCUCUUGUCAAGGUGAUGGGAGCUGUGAGUGGAAGCCUGGAUCACUUCAUCGCUCUCAGAAUAAAAUCACUUCCACGACAAGCACUGGAGAAUCAGUUACACUAAGCCUUUUUGAUCAUAUUACAGUGAAAAUCCUCGUGCAGACUUCCCGCUGCCACGCUGACACCAUCAAGCUGGAAAUCAUCAGGAAUGCACCACACCAGACCUCAGGGACAGAGGUUUCCCAGAAGAAUUUCCAGGUGGUGAAGUCUGAGUUGGUGAAAGAAGUGAGUGAGUCAGCAGAGGCAGCCCAGCGCGCCCAAGAGAAAGCAAGCAUUGAAGUGAUGGAUGAAGACUACAAGGAGUACUGCCAGACCAAGGGGGGCAGCCUCUACCAGCUGCUGGAGGAGAUCAGGGACCUGGCCCUGUUAGAUGUUUCAGCUGACGUUAGAACUUGAACUGGCUCCCAGCACCAGCUCAUUCCUCACAUUCUGCUUCUACUCACUUUGUGUGGGUGGGGGGGCGGUUAAAGCAGUCUAUUUAAAUUUUCAGGUGUCAUUUUAAUAAGAAAUGAAAUGUUUAUUUAAAAUAAGAACUAUUUUUAUCUGAUUAUGAACAUGUAUAAGUUUUUGAAAUAUUUUUAUACAUGAUAAACCUCCUCUUCCAGA